AUGGGAUCAAGUUGUUCUGUUUUGAACGAUACCGAGUACGAUGUCUGGAUCACAGACAGAAUCAACUGGCCGGUCCUCAUAGGAGUUUCUGCUGGGGUCGCCGCCCUGUUACUAAGUGCAGGAGGAAUUGCUGCUUUUCUCGUACUCGGUUCGGUAGAAGCUGGAGUUGGAGGCGCGCUUAGCGGGGGAACAGCAAUCGCCACAAUUUAUAAAGAUAUUUUCAAAGUUACUGCAGUUGCUUUUCGAUCGCCUUUGGGGCGCGAAGUCUUGAAUUUAUCAAUCGAACGCCUGGCUAGGGCGUUGAACAUUACAGAAAAGCAAGCUGAAGAUCUUCAAAAGUACGUUCGGGAAUUGCAAGCUGAAGCUAAGCUAAUUCACCCCGUUGAGAGGUACACAUGGUCAGGCACUCUAUCUCUAACCAAGAGAGUGCAUGUUAUGAAUGAAUUGCUUCAGUUUGAUGACAAGGCCUGUUUUACAGGUCCUACAGAUGGUUCUGAAAAGGUUUAUCGGAUAUCAGAGCACUUCACAAGACUGGAUGUCCGGAAAGGUAAUUCCUUGAAUACUCAUCAGUAAAACGUCUACCGUGUAUUUGUAAUAAACCUAUGACUUAUAAUAAGCUUAUACACUGAUUACUCUUUCGCGAAGGUUUUCUAAGCGAUUUAGAAAUACUCGUUUUUAACUUUAAAGUUGUUUAAGAGUUUGUUAUGAUAAAUUAAGGAAUGAGUGUAAAUGCGUUUUUUGUUAGCCUAAUGCUCCUUGCGUGUUUAUUAACGUGAUAAGCGACUGAGUAAAUAUAUAUACUCCGAUAUUAUGAAGGUUGGCUGCAAUGCAAAUUAGGCCUUGAUAGAUUAUUUGAUACAGUACGGCAUUCAUGGUAGCCUUGCUAACUAUGGCGCGUUAUCAGGGUCAAAAUAAAAAAGGUACACCCUUCGUUAUGAAAAACAAACCGCAGACGUAUUUCCGGUCGUCGCUUCUCUUCAGCUCCGAAAAUUUUCUCGGCGGGUGAAACUAUAGCCUGCAUUUCAUCCGAUUACUUCGAGUCAGGGAGUAAUAACGACUCGAAGUAAUGGGAUGAAAUUCAGGCUAGUGAGACUAGGAACUACAGCCGAAAAAACCGGAUGCUCUCGCAAGCUACAUUCAUGGAAAACAGGUCUGUCUGAAGUAGUGUUAGUUUUUUUACUGAGGAGACUUGUGUAGAUACGUAUUAAUUGUAAUUUUGACGCCUAAAAUUGUCAUUCAGAUUAAUCAUGCUACCAAUUUUUUUGGCCCAAGAUCAGCGUUACAGGCAAAUUUUUUCAGUCGAGUGCAAUUUGGAAUAAAUUAGCACGAGAAUAAUUUUCAAAGACGAACAAAAUUAGUGGUCUUUAAAAAUUGUACAAGUGCUCAUUUAUUCAAAAUUGCAUGGGAAAAAUCAUGGGAUUACUUAUUAAUAAUAUACAUGUAAAAAUUUCCACGAACUUUUGUUUAUUUCAUGUCUUUUGCUUUAUGCUCCACCUACAUGUACUUGAUUGGUUUCAAAAUGACAAGCUUGACUGACAUAUUUGAAACGUAAACGUGUUAAAAAUUCACCUCUCUUAAACUAGGAGUAUUCGGAGCUCAGGAGAGUGCCUUCGAUAUGUUUGCUAGGCUUACAGGUAGCAGUUGAGGGGAAAGGGUGGAUGGUUCUUGCGAUAGAUAACUAUCAUUAUGGCAUAUUUUGAACGUAAGGGCUGCGUACAGCGAAACCUCGAUUUAAACUGUGUAUCAUAAUGAAAAGGUUUUGAAGGCUAGUGAUCAGCGUGAUAUCGUAUGGUUCGUCUCAAGUGCUUGUUAUUUGAGGAGACACUGGCCAGAGUACUUCAGGCAUGUAAAAAGAACUUUUUGUUUUACUGGCGCAAUAGAUGUUCUACUGGGCGCAGUUGUUAGAAGGCCGAUCAGCGCUUAACCCGGGUUUCUUUUUCUUUUGUUAAAAAACAUUUCUUUGGAUAAUUUUCUCAGUUAUUUUAAAGAGCGUCCAAUCAUCAACUUGUUGGCGAAAUGAAGCCGGGUCGCGAGUUCGAUUCUCGCCCGGGGCGUGAAAAUUUUCUUUGUCCCGGGCGAGCAUGGUUUUCUUCUCCUUCCAAGUUGAAAAUGUUCACUGGAAGUGUAUGUGUGCUGCUCACUGGUGUAUCAUUAAAAUUAAUAAAAAUAAAAAUAGAAUUAAUUUACGGAACCACGAGUUCGUGCGAAAAAAACAAAAUGGCGGGUGAAAGGUAAGUGACGCCGACUGAUUUUAUUAUUAUAAUUUUUUUAUGAUCCGAGUUGAUUUUUGUAUGAUCCCAGUUGAUCCGAGUCCAAUUUUAUUUUAUUUUUAUUAUUUUUUUAUUCGAUCCGAGUUGAUCCGACCCGGACUGGCGGUCCGAGUUGAUCCGGUCCGACUUUUGUACCUGCCUAGAAUAAAAUGUUUGUUUGUCCAGUGCCGAAAAUAUCACACGUCAUGAUGAAAUGGUGCCGCCGAGCUUCACACCUCGGUAAAUUUAGUUUGUGGAACAACGUCCGCCGAGCUACACAACUCGGUAGAUUUACUCUGUGCCACUACGGCCGCCUAGCUACACAACUCAGUAGAUUUACUUUGUGGCACAACGGACGCCGAGCUAAACAACCUGGUUUGAUGCAUGCACCAGGAGUAGCACGUAUUUUCCAAAAAAAAAUAUGAAGGCUUAAUCCAAAGUAAAAUUUUACUCAGGGUGUAAACUUUUAGCACAUUUUUGAAAGAUGAACUUUUUGGAAGAUUCAUUAAACACGGAUCGAUAGUAGACCUUCAGCAAAUUCUUAAAUAUGUACGCUUUACGAAAAUUCAGCACACUUUUAAAAGAUGAACGAUUUACGAAGACAGAAAAGCAGACCUCAGCAAACGUUUGAAAGAUGAACGCCGAGUAUGCACGAAUCACCAAGUUAGUUAGCGCGUCAAAGUGAGGCAAAACGUAAGCAAGCGUCUCAAAGCGAGGCAAAUGUGCGUCGACGACGACGACGAAUGCAUAUCUCGAAAAAACCUCCCUCAUUAAUUGCACAGGACACCUAAUAAUGCACACAACACCCAAUACAAAUUAGGGGUUGCGUUCUCGUACCUCGAACACAAAUAGCAAGUGGUGUCAGUAAAACCAGGAACAGGCCCGGAACACUCCCAGAACUUCCCGGAACACCUCCAGACGGACCGGAGCCCCCUCCGGAACACUCUCAAUUACGAAAAUUAGGUUUAAAAAAAUGCAAGACCAAAAACUCCUUAAAUUUCAUCAAAGAAUCAAUAAAUAUCUUUUAUCUGUAACUAGAAAACCGAGAUUGGGUCAGAUUGACGAAUUCACGCUACUUAAUUAACGACUUUUAAACUGAUUUUAAGAAUUGUAGUCCGUUGCCUUUAUAUGAAUACUACUAGCUUUUUUGUCUGAAAUUUAGCUGAAAGAGCACUACUGAAGUCAACAACAACAAAAAAAACAAAAAUAAAAUAUUUUCUAAAUGAAUAUAUUGCCGAUUUUAGGUCUACCGUGUAUCACUUAUAAAAUUCAACAACAACAAAAAAAUAAACCCAAAAUAAAAUAUCUUUUAAAUGAAUACCUAUAUUGCCGAUUUUAUGUCUACCGUGUAUCACUUAUAAAAUUCAGUUAUUUUGGUUCUUGUCCUGUUUUCUUUUUCAUUGAUAUUUUGUAUUUGAUUAUAAAGAGAAAUAUUCUUGUUUUUAGUGUUUCAUUUUGAUUUUCCAGGUAAGUCUGUUUUUUCUUUCGAGCGGUAGAUUAUAUAUUAUGGAGAAUUCUUUGUCCUGUAGGUGUUUCCUGGGAGGGGGCACUCCCAUAUUUGGCCAUGACGGUAAUGUGCCCCUGAGCAGGGCAUGGUUUUCAGGGUUUUGGACCGAAAUCUUUUACCAGAUUAUGAAGAUUGGAUAUAAGCAGUCUACAUUUGUGAUGUUAGUUUGAAAAAUUAAUAUUAGUUACUUCUGUAUGCGAAAAGAGACGAAUCAAGGUCCUAAUAUACGGUCUGGGUUUGAAUUUUAAGGCCUCGGCGGUAAAACUAUACCCAAACUUUCCUUGAGUGCACACCUCAGAUAUGUUUUUCUUCUUGCAGUUGGUGAGACUUUGGACUGAAGCGCGAUGACCUGUAGUUCCUCCGUUGGAAUUUACAAAUACUGUUGUUUUCGCUCAACACUGUGACUGCUCUGAUGAUAUGGUUGUUGAGGCAGCAGCUUCCUUGGAGCACACCCUCUUUGUCUCGUUCGGCCAUGAUAUAUGUCUGAGGCUGAAGCUAUCACUUGGGUAAGAACCAUAUCUAUCUCAUUUUGAAAAUCAAAAACGCCAUUUGAGAAAUCAAGUGCGAUAAAUGUUGGAAAUCAAAGUUUAGCUGAAAAAUCAAAAUGAAACACUAAAACAAAACUAAGACAAAACAUCAAAAUUAAAGAAAGCAAUACAAUAAUCAAAACAACUGAAUUUUAUGAGUAAUACUCCUCAAACACGGUAGACAUCAAAUUGGAUAGGAGAUAUUUAGUGAAAAUAUUGUAAAUCCCUCAUGAGUCAUCCGGUUGGGUCUUAUCUAACACUUUUCUUUUCUUUUAUUCUUGACUUCUUUCAAAAAGGGCUCUUUCAGCUAUAUUUCAGAAAAAAAAUAGUUAGUAAGCCAAUUCGUAUAAAGGCACGGACUACUUUCUUACUGCGCUUUUCACAAACAUGCGAACUCUAAGGCCUAGUUCAAACGUCGAAUUUCACAUGUGCCGAACUUAACGCGAGAGUUAAAUGCAUGUGAAGUGCGACGUUUGUCAGAAUUGGUGGUGGCGCCGCGAGGUGCGGGUUCUUUUCUCAGGCUAUGAUUUUUUUGAGCGGUUUUCGAUUUUCUGUAAACCCUAACGCCUUGGACACCUUUUCUCAUUAGAAAGGAUCUUGUACUUUCGGAAUUAAUACAAAAACAAACAAAUAAAACAAAACAAUGACAAACGUAACUUUAUUGCAUUUGGAUUUGAUUGUUGCUAGCCAUGUUUGACAGGGCGUAUUUUUUAGCGUGAUAAACUCCCGCGAAUUUCUCACUCCAACCUUUUCCCUGGUUACUUCGGUCCUGAUCUUGUCCUUUCGUGUUUUUCCAACUGCUUUUUGCAGGAUUUUCACCUCACAGGGGUUAAUAGGAAUUGAAGCCUUUUUAUAACUGCGUCUAAAUUUUUUUCUUUGACAGCGACUUCGUCGUGCAUGAUCAACGGGCAGCUUGCGGCUUAUACUUCUACUUUUAGUUAUGGGAUCAAGUUGUUCGAUUCUGAACGAUACCGAGUACGACGUCUGGAUCACUGAAAGAAUUAACUGGCAGGUUCUCGCGGUUUCCGUUGGUGCCACCGCCGCGUUGCUAAGUGUGGGAAUUGCAGCUUUUCUCGCACUCGGCCCGAUCGAAAUAGGACUUGGAAGCGCGCUCAGUGGAAUGGGUGGAGCAGCAAUCACGACCAAAUUUAAAGAGACUGUAGCAGCCGCUGUGCAAGCCGGUUUAAAUCCUUCUCGACUGACGGUGGUACGCGAAUUCUUAGAGUCGCCAUUGAAACGUCUUGCUAAGGCGUUUAAUAUUACAGAAAAGCAAGCUGAAGAUCUUCAAAAGUACGUUCGAGAUUUCCAAGCUGAAGCUAAGUUAAUCCGCCCAGGUGAGAAGUACACAUGGUCAGGCACUGUAUCUCUAAAUAAGAGAGUGCAUGUUAUGAAUGAAAAGCUUCAGUUCGAUGACAAAGCCUGUUUUACAGGUCCUACAGAUGGUUCUGAAAAGGUUUACCGGAUAUCAGAACACUUUACAAAAUUGGACGUUAAAAAGUAAUCAGAGAAUGUUAAAACCGUAACCGUGCAUUUACAGAAAGUAAUAAAGUUGAACCUCACCGGCCACAGCGGUCGCCUUGGGAACAGAAGAAAGUGACCGUUGUAGAGAGGUUUAAACACGAGUCAAUGUGUGGUCGACUGUCCAACAAAAGAGUGGCCGUUUUGGAGAGGUGGCUGUUAGUGAAGGUUUGACUGAAUACCGAUCAGUCACUGCCCGCUGUUUACAAACGUUUUAUAAACAUUUAAAAGUAGAUUAUUACCAUAAUUAUCUUGUAAAGAGAUUAUGUAUAUGCCUAUUUUUACAGGGGCGCGUUGGUCAGCAAGGACCUCAAAGCCAGUUUAUUGCAAUAGAUCCGUAUAGGAUUACAAGAUCGCACUAAAAUACAAAACACCCUAUGACGACAAACAAAACUCGAAAGAAACUAAGUACGACACCGCCGGAUACGAAAACCCCAAACCACUUUGUGGAAAAAAGGGAACGUACGCCCCCACCUGCUGAAAUCAGCUGCGGUGCCGACAACUCGGGAGCAGAGGUACCCAAAAACUAGCUAGCAAAAAGCCACAAACAAAUAUAGCACCAAUUGGCAAAUAAAAUAUAAGUUAAGAGCUCGAAUGAAUGCUGACCUAGACUGAUUCAAAUCGCAACGUUCAAAUAAACAUAUCUCAAAAAGCUAGAAAUAUCUUGAUCUACGGCGCUCUUAGUUGCCUCAAAAUUCUCGCUCUCCAGAUUGUACUUGGCGUCCUCCAGGGUAUCAAGAACCUUCGAUACCGCUUUGCACUAGCUCUUCGUUACGUUUCUUCGUUACUGCUCUUUUCGUUACUUUUCUUUUUAAAAACCGGACGAGAAUCUGCUGUUUUGAUCCUCUUCAUCUCAGUCUGAUGAUCGCAAUCGAAUCAUCGGUGGGCCUUUUCACGGAAGCAGAUACAUGAGAGGAAAUCAGGUCGGACAUUUUCUUUAGAAGAUCGUCGUUGUUAGCUUUUAUGAUCUGAUGGACACGAGCUUCAUCCAUGGUGCGGUCUAAAAGUUAGGAGCUCAAGUAAAUGCUGACCUAGACUGAUUCAAAUUGCAACGUACAAGUAAAACAUAUCUCAAAAAGCUACCCUCAAUUCCUCCUAGCCGGCCCGGGGAAGAAAAGUCCUUACAUUCUCUCUAAAUUCCACCCGCUUAAUACGGACACCCCGUUAUUACGGACAGUUUGCUUUGUCCCUGGGGAAAGAAAGGCCCAUACAUUCUCUCUGAAUUCAACCCGCUUAAUACGGACACCCCGUUAUUACGGACAGUUUGCUUUGUCCCUGGGGAAAGAAAGGCCCAUACAUUCUCUCUGAAUUCAACCUACUUAAUAAGGACACCCCGUUAAUACGGACACCUUCUAAAGUCCCAUCAGUGUCCGAGUGUCCGUAUUAACGGGGUUUGACUGUAGACGUAAGAUAUCGCAUCGCUGUUCAAGGAAUUAACAGGGGUAAUUUCAAGGGUAACAGACUUGUUGUUUGCCUUCGCUUUUUGUAAAAAAGAUAAACCAGAAAAACUCAGUGUUGUCCUCGCUUGUUGACUGUUUGCUGUUUGUUUCAAUAAUUUCGAUAAUUGAGCUAAAUAUAGCGAGCUUUUCAGGCCCUUUAAAUUUCAGACAUAUAAGUUCGAUGACGAAAAAAAUUCGCAAAAAAUUGCGUUACUUCCGAUUCCCCCUAAAUUUGGUCCCGGCGGGAAGUUAAUAGAUUUAGCCAAUUAUGUGCCUAGUUCCAGCCCCCGAGGAGUAUUGAGCUUCACGCAACGAUUUGCAGCACAUGUUGUUGAAACGCAAGGAAUUACUUCCCGCUUGGCCUUCUCUUAGCUUUUUGCCGUCAAAUCCUUGCUUAUUUUGAUGAAUUAUAUCAGCAAAUUCAUGUUUGCUUGUCUUUAAUUCGAUAAUUUGAUGGAAACCUGGGAAAACAAAGCGUCUUUGUAAAGUAAACACUUGACCACGAGGGACGCCGAUGUAUAGAAUUCAUUAUCCUAAUAGACCUUGUCACGGUUUUCGACGCCAUCUUGACGAGUAGGCAAACGCGUGAGAAAUUACAGUGUUUGUAUGAGAAUCUAAUGUCGAAUAAUUUCCGUAGAACGGCUGUUCUGAAAAAAAUAUGAUUUGUUAGAACCACUUUUAAAAUUUUCUAUACAUUUCUCUGUAAGAAAGUCCCGGGAAAAUUACAGACAAAUAUAUGGAAAAUCUAAAGCAAGGCUCUGGAGAAAUUUAAGCACAGGUACGCCCCCAAAAUUUUUUGGGACAAUCCUUUGCUUUGUAGCUUUAGUUUACAAUUGAUAUUUUUUUCACAACAGCCGUUUUACGGAAAUUAUUCAUCAUUAGAUUCUCAUACAAACACUGUAAUUUCUCACGCGUUUGCCUACUCGUCAAGAUGGCGUCGAAAACCGUGACAAGGUCUAUUAUGAUAAUCCGACUAGCAUAAUCUGAUAGCGUCUCAAAAUAAAUUUGUAGAAAAUUCCAAGCCGCUCUAUAUUUUCGAACGAUUUUCGGGUUGUUUUGCUCAGAUAUUGAAAAAAAAAAAUCUUUGUUACUACCAUAUUACACGCAAUAGACACAUUUCCUGGCAAAAUGACAUUCUUUAUGAGUUUGAAAACUUUUUUUUGCAGAAAUAUGCCUUGUUAAUUUUUUUUGCGGAAUAUUAUGGGUUUCCUGAGACCGAAAUAUUUUUUUUCUGAAAGUUUAAUCCUUGCCCUUUCCAAUGAGGUAUAGCUUUAUAUGGAAUUGUAAAUAACAACAGAGAUAUAAUUUUUUAAAGUUGCAUGGUCAAAAGUAUUGUAUAUUGUGUUUCUUGUUUAUAGGUCAGUUGAGCAUGCAGUUUUAGUAGUGUCGUUUCGUCUAUCCAACCUGGCAGAAAAUAUUUACCGGGAUUUAUAAAAAAAAUAUAUUUUCUUAGACCGUUGUUUCUAGUAAAUUCGCAAAUCACAAUAGUGUACUAACGCGGGACUAAAUUUGCACGUGAGAACUCCUUUGAAAAAGUUUGCGAUAUAUUUGUCCAGGAUUUUUAACGAUCAUGUACUGAAAAUCGGGGAAAAGUAAGGCAACAGAAAAUUAGAAAUUUCAGCAUUUUAAAAAUCGAGCGUCCAUAGCCAAAGUAUUAAAACGAGAACAUCGUAUCGCCGUCUCUUCGAAAACUUUUCACCUUCUACGCCAACAAAAAACCUUCAAGAUCUGCCUUAAUCUCGCAAGAAGUCAAGUGUGACUGUGAAGACUGUUUUAAUUUUUUCUUAGUUGAAUGAUAAAAGCUGUAUCUGCAUUUUUCCCAUGAUAUAUAUAUGAAAGUAAUUUUGGUUGGCUGAUUCGGGAAAUGCCAAUCAAUCAAAAAACGUUUCGUAGAAAGCUUGUAUCCCUGAGGCUGUCUUUUCGUGUCGCCUUGCCCGUCAGAAUCGGUUAUUUACAGAGGGGAACGAAAAUAGAAGCUGAUCUCAGGAGAGAUUUCCUUCAUUAACCCAAGCCAAUUCCCAGGUAUGUUUUAAAUGAAUGUCUAAAUGUGUGAUUUAAAUAGCAUGAAGAAAAUUUGGAGUUAAACCACAUGUUUAAUAUUGCCUUCGCGUCGAAAAUUGAGUACCGAACUUAAGUUUUUGUUAUCAAGUCCUGAAAACCUAUCCCUUAUUAUUGAAUUAUUUCAAUGCGACGGGCGUCUCUAUUACCCUGAAAGUAUCUUCUAGGGAAAAAAAAUUUCUGAUCUUAUUAAAAAGUGUCCAAAUUUCUCCACGCGACUUCCUUUGCGAACGCGAGGAAAGUUGAAAGUUGAUGUCAGCACGUGGCUUAUAGGGGAAAACACUUCCCAGAAUCUAGAACAUUGACUUCCCAGAAUCAAAAUCCCAAACACUUCCCAGAAUCCAAAAACACGUCUCAGAGUCCAAAACACCUUCCAGAAUCCGUGAACGUGAAUCGACACUCACUUAAACACUUUUAGAAUCAAGUCGUCGGAGUUGAAGACUGUUUCAUAGAAUCGCACGUGGUUGCAUCAUCAUCAAUCACGAGGUUAUCAUCUACAUCAAUGAUGAAAAUCGUGAUAUUUCUUACCUACUCGGUAUUCGACGAGCAUCAUUAUGUUAAGAAACCAUGAAGAAACCUUGAAACCUUUGAGUCUUCCUCUAAGCAACGUUUCGUGAGUUGAUAUUCAAAGUACUUUAACAAUUUGUAUAUUUUGCAACAGAUGUCGGAAGGAAAGACAAAGAAAAGUGAAUCUACAGUAUGAGGAUCGACUCACUCAGCUGUGUGCAGCAAUUCGCGAUUUCAGCGUACAGCAAUACCCAAUUCUGCACAAAAGAUAGUCUUAAUUUAGGAUUAAAACAGUAGAUUGUUGAUCCCUACGAGCCACCGUAAGUUAGCGAAUUUUAGGUUAAAAAUUAGGACAGUCUGAGACUCGGACGUCGAAAAACGAUCGAUUAUUUUUCUCACAAAAUUGUAAAAGGCUCCUGGCGUGAACAAUGUACAUGAGGUGUUUUAUCUACCUAAUGUAAGCUAUCUAUGGACAAAAAAGUAAAAGAAAUUGAUUUUUCAACUCUUACCACGAAAUUAAGAUUUUGUUUGAUUUUUCCAGACCGUCGCUCUUAAGCCUGUUUUGUUUCCUUUGUUUAACGUCAGGUGUGAGUUAUAAAUUAUAUUACACCGGAAAUGAGCCAAAUGAAUCUGACGGACUGGUUUAGUGUUUUCUGGGUUAGAAAACUUUGUAUUUCGUUUUAGAAUACGUUUUGAUCCGGAAAGUUUUUUGUUCGUUUUAAGGAUGAACAUAUUUUUCUGUCUUCGGCUAGAUAUUUUGUUACAUUUUGGCUUUUUAUUUUAAUGAUUUGCAAUUAGGAAGAGGUUAUUAAAAAAUUUACAAAAUUGUAAACGUUCAUCCUAAUCAGCAUUCCGUUGUUUCAACUAUUCAACCCUGUAUUUCCCCUGAGGCAGAAUUGAAAGCCCUCGCCUGACUUUUCAGUGAGCCGAGUCUUUACGGGUGUACGCCACUUCCACAUUUCCCGUAAUGCACCUUAUUUAUUUGCCCGCCAAAAUGUUGCAUAAGUAUUGUUUUCAAUUUCUUUUGGGACGGCUGUAAUACCCAGGAGAAACGAAAAACAAAGGUUAUGAAAAAUUUUGGGAAGCAAAUAAGGUGCAUUAUGGGAAAUGUGGAAGUGGCGUUAAGGUCCUCAGAAAACGUGAUGAAAUUGGUGAAGUGCGUGCGUCCCCUUCAGCCAAUUUCUAACCUUAAUUUGGUCCUGAUCUUGCUCCACCGUGCUUUCCCUCUGCAACUGAUUUCCGCACAAUUUUUACUGAUCUCACAGGUUCACAGGAAUUGAAGGCUGUUUAUAUCUCCGGUGCAACUCUGUUUUUGACUUUUCCUCUAACAAGCAGUUUGAAGCUUAAGCUCCGUCUUUAAUCAUGGGAUCAAGUUGUUCUAUUUUGAACGAUACCGAGUACGAAGUCUGGGUCACGGACAGAAUCAACUGGCCGGUUCUCAUAGGAGUUUCUGCUGGCGUCGCCGCCCUGUUGCUAAGUGCAGGAGGAAUUGCUGCUUUUCUAGUACUCGGUUCGGUAGAAGCCGGAGUUGGAGGCGCGCUUGGCGGCGGAGCAACAGCAAUCGCCACAAUCUAUAGAGAUAUUUUCAGAGUUACUACAGAUGCUUUUCGAUCGCCUUUAGGGCGCGAAGUCUUGAAUUUAUCAAUCGAACGCCUGGCUAGGGCUUUGAACAUUACAGAAAGGCAAGCUGAACAUCUUCAAAGGUACGUUCGAGAAUUCCAAGCUGAAGCUAAGCUAACUCGACCCGGUGAGAAGUACACAUGGUCAGGCACUCUAUCUCUAACGAGAAGAGUGCAUGUUAUGAAUGAAUUGCUUCAGUUUGAUGACAAAGCCUGUUUUACAGGUCCUACAGAUGGUUCUGAAAACGUUUAUCGGAUAUCAGAGCACUUCACAAGACUGGAUGUCCGGAAAAGGUAA